GGCUCUCUGCUUCGCCGACGAUGAUGGUAUAUUGCUUGACGAGGAGGAGAUGGAUAACUGGCCGAUCGACCCAACGACAUUGGAAUUGCGAGAUCUCUUAAUAUAUGCAAAGAAUCAAAGCUUGUUCAAAACAGACAACGGCUACUUGGGAAUAGUGCCUCCUAAUAUAAAGCCAGGAGAUCUCAUAUGCGCUACUAACGCGCAGAGCCUUCCAAUCCUCUUGAGGAAGAUCACAGAACCUCCAAUCUUGCAGGCUUCUAUACUAACACUUCAACAUUUGAUUGUAACACUGACCGAAAGCCGAACAGAGAUCACUCGCGACGUAUAGUAUUCCGUACUCAGCCCAGCUUACUCAAACACUUAAUAUCUCUUUAGGGUAGUAAUGAUGAUACGCAAUAUUAGGAACUUGGUUCGAGAGCUUGUGCUGACUCAUCCUACAGGUCGUGGCGGUGCGGCCCCAUCCCCGCAGCCGCUGGACCUCCGUUUUGCUAAUGGCAUAUUCAGUGCACGUAUCCAGGGAAAGUUACCAACAGCAUAAGCAGGUUGAACCAAUAGUCUUGUUACCGACUUUCUAUUGCCAACAUGUUAGGCUCUAAAGGAAGGUUUGAAGUCAGAAGCCUGAGGAAGGAAUUCGAGGCAUAAAUAGAGGGCUCAUCGCCCAGGGCCUGACCAGAGGAAUCUACUCCUCAUGGACCCUACAGGACCUUCGCGGGGGUAGUUACGGCUCCUAGCCUAUAGGGCUAGCCGUACGGCUGGUUGUAUAGUCAUAUGUAUGGUCGUAAAUGUGGUAACAGGCCAAAGUUGAUAUAUUUCGGCAACGCACAAUGCCAACAGCAGAACUAGACGACGCCAGCGAUUGGGUGAAUCUUCAAGGACCACAAGGAAGAAAGCCGAUUGGUUUCACCUGCUAUAUUUAACGUCGGAUUUAUUCGGCUUUGCUCUGCUUACUAGGAGGUUCAUAUAAGCGAACCCC